AUUUUUGCUAGGGAAGCCAAGAAAAUAAAAAUUUGUAACUUUAAACGUAUGAUUCUGCUGUAUUAUGACAGUCUGUUCUAUCAAGUUUUGCUCACGUAUUGUUUGAGUUAGGGAGAACAAGGUCUUCGAAACUAUGCGACAUCACGUUGCUUAGUUUGUCUACAGUCAACAGAACUAUUCGUGUCGUCAGAGGAGUAAUUUAAUCCAUAAGCUGAUAAAACAAAUCUUUCAGAAUGGAGAUGUAUGACACAAUCAAAGUGAUUGGGAAGGGCAGUUAUGGAGAGGUCUGGCUUACCAAACACAAGAAAGACAAGAAAAAUUAUGUGUUGAAAAAGAUGAAUUUACGCGAUUCAUCAAAGCGUGAAAGAAAGGCAGCUGAACAAGAGGCUAAGUUAUUAUCCAAACUACGUCAUCCAAAUAUAGUCUCCUAUAGGGACUCAUUUGAGACUGAGGAAGGUUAUCUGUAUAUAGCUAUGGGGUUCUGUGAGGGAGGGGAUCUGUAUAAUAGACUGAAAGAACAGAAAGGUACAGCACUUGAGGAGCGACAAGUGGUUGAGUGGUUCGUACAGAUAGCAAUGGCUCUGCAGUAUAUGCAUGAGAGAAACAUCUUACACAGAGAUUUAAAAACACAAAAUAUUUUCCUAACCAAGAGCAAAAUAAUAAAACUCGGAGAUCUAGGAAUUGCAAGGGUGCUAGAGAAUUCCAGUGAUAUGGCCAAUACACUAAUAGGAACACCAUACUACAUGAGUCCGGAGCUGUUUUCAAACAAGCCAUACAAUCACAAGUCUGAUGUAUGGGCUUUAGGGUGCUGUGUAUAUGAGAUGGCAACAUUAAAACAUGCAUUCAAUGCAAAAGACAUGAACUCAUUGGUAUAUAAAAUAUUAAGGGGCAAGAUGCCUACAAUGCCAAAACAGUACAGUCCCGAAUUACUUAAUCUAAUCAAAAUCAUGUUAGACCAAAACCCGAGUAAGAGACCCAGCGUUAAUAAGAUUCUCAGAGACCCAUACAUUAAGAAAAAUAUUGCCAUAUUUUUGGAAGGAACCAAGAAAAGUCGAAGGCCCUCUAGUGCUGGGAAACGUCCAUCAUCAGGUGGCACUAGACCUUCCUCAGGCGACUCUCAAAAACGCAUCACAGAUAUCAACUCCAGUCAAGACAGCAUAGUGAGCUCUUCAAUUGAGGAGGUUUCAGCAGAUCAGCGUGAUUUGCACACAAUAGAUGAAUCUCCCAAAUCGACUGGGGUUGAGGUAAAAAGCAGUGCUGCUCCACCGUCACGUAGAAAGGAGCGUCCAGUACCAAGUGGUGAAGACAAACAAAAACUAAGGAAAAAGAAGACCGAUGAAUCAGAUGGUCAUGAGAGACAUUCCAAAAAUCUAAAAGUUAAAUCAGUAGACAAGCCCCGUCCUCUCCCACCUCGACCUAACAGUGGGACCCCCAAGAAGCGUCCAGGCAGUGGUAGACAAUCCUCAGAGAGUGCCUAUAGCAGCAGUUCAACAUCAAUCUCAAGCUCUCAGGACAAUAACAGUACACCAGACAGUGAAACACCAAGGGUGAGCUCAGCCAGAGCGAGGAGGCGGGAACAGAAGAUGCGGGAAAGUACAGAAGAAACCCCAAGGAGCUCUCAAGUGUUAGAAAGGCGGAGAAAGUCAGCAGAUGUGGACCAGGUUGACUCCCACAGAGGUCUACUUAAACCACCAAAGAAAGAUGUAGUAAGAUCUGCUUCUGACAGUAGACUUCCAGACAAUUCAAAGCAAUCAAGGGUUGGCCUGAAGCCUCAUCCCCACAGACAGCCCUCUGUAGAUGGGGAUGACAGCAGUAGUGACAGCUCAGAGAGCAGCAUUGAAGAUGACAGCAAAAAGAAAAGAUAUAAACCCAGGGUACCCCCAAGGGGAAAGGUUUAUCAGUCCAAUAAAAAACCACCCCCUGUCCCAACUGCUAGAGUUCCCACCCCUGGCUCUGAUAGUGACAGCAGGGGAGAUAAAGAAAUGAACAACUUUAUAUCUUUACUUGAUACCACAUUACGACUUAACAAGGAUGAUGACAAAUCAGACGAUGAAGUAGAUGAGUUUGAUGUUCCUGAUAGACCCAAAGCCCCUGCCCCUGAGCCUGCCAUAGUGCGUAGAGCAUCAGAACCUCAGUUUGGAAUCAGUGAAGCCACUCUCAGUGCAUCUGGCAGACUCAUGGACAGAAUUAAUGUUUUACGCAGGGAUUGUAUAAGAGGAUUGGGUGUGUCCAAACUGAAGCAAGCGUAUGAUAUUCUUGACAAUAUAGAUGAAGAUGAAGUUGAGCCUAAAUUGGUGAAGUUGCUUGGAAAAGACAAUUUUGACAUGUUCGCAGGGAAAAUCUGGCAGUUGAAGUUCUGUGAAGAAUCAGCCUUUGGACUAAACUGAGAGUUAACAGCAAUAUUAAUUCUGUGCAUCAUUACCUUCUCUGCUCCAUCUUUAUUGAUAAGAACAACUAUGAACCGUGUGUUGUAUUUUGCAUCCAUGGGGAUGAGACUGUAUGGGACACAUAACUAU